CGACCAUAAAAGAGUGCGUUAAGUUAACACACAGACAUCGAAUUACCUACACAUUUAGCUCUCUUUAUCAAUAUUCUUGUUUAUUAUGUGCCUCUAACCAAAGCAAAAGAUAUAAACGAUUUUAGCCAUCAGUUAAAAAGGCUGAUUGGUAUUUGAGGGUCAAAAGUUGGUAGGAGCACGCUUGUCUUGCGUCCGGGGAUUUUAUCUGCUGAUUCUUCCAGAUUGUGGUAAAGUAACACGAACGGAUUAAGAAAAAAAAUUCGCCAGCCAACAUUAUCGGCGACAUUAUGGAUCACAUAAAUACAGAAUUCGAUAAGUAUACGAAAAUUUGGAGUGGCCCAAAAUCUACGAAAUUUUUCGAUCCGGAUUGCUCGAUUGGCAAGGUGCUUUUCGCUUUUAUGCGCAAUAAUGCCGGAAAUAUUUGCCAGAUAUCCGAUACGGAAGGCACCGCACUCACCAACGGCGAAGCGAUUAGUUUCGGGAUUCGCCUGGCGCAACACUUCAAGGCGAUGGGUUUGAGGCAAGAUGAUGUUAUUGGCAUUGUGGGCGGCAACUCAACUUAUCUGCUGCCCUUGGUUUUGGGUUGCCUAUUGAACUGCACGCCAUUCCAUGCGAUAAGCCCCCAUCAAGACGAAUCUGCAAUCAAACAUUUAUUUUACAUCACACGUCCACGCUUGAUCUUCUGUGAUGGCGCCAUCUACGAUCGUCUGAGCACAGUUAGCAAAGUAAUUAAAGCCAAUGUUUACACAUUGAAGGAACAUCGCAAGGAUUUGCCGCGGAUUGAGGAUCUACUCGAGCCCACAAAGGGUGAAGUGUUUUAUGUACCUGAAACCCUCAACAUCGGUGGCGAUCAAACAGUUGCGAUAUUAUGUACCUCCGGCACCACUGGCGUGCCUAAAAACGUCUGCAUUUCCAACUCAUGUUGUCUCUUCGAUUAUGGCUUUGUCUCCAGCAAGGACGUACUGCUGUCGUUCAGCACCAUUGAUUGGUCCACAGGUUUAUUCAACAUGCUCUUCAGUUGUGGUCAUGGCGCGACGCGUAUUAUAGUCGAUAAACCCUACACGCCGGAAUAUCUGCUGCGUCUUAUUGAUAAGUACAAAGUGACUAUACUAACUUUGGCGCCGCGUCAUGUCGCCACACUCGUCAAGUCCCCACUUUUAUCCAAAGAGAAGUUGAUAAGUGUACGGUUUCUGAGUAUUGGCGGUGGCAAUUGUUACGUUCCCACUUUGCUAAAAAUGCAAGAGUACCUAACUAAUGGUUAUAUAUCCUACGGUUACGCGCUCACCGAAUGUGGCGGUGUCUCUGCCAAUUUGGGCAUUACCAAGCCUAGUUCCGUGGGCAAAUUGGUGCCGGGCAUAAAGGUGAAAAUACUUGAUGAUGCGGGACGCAGCUUGGGUCAUAAUGAGACUGGCGAAAUAUUGGUACACAACAAUAAAAUUUGGAAUGGUUAUUAUGGCAACCCAAAUGAAACGAAACACAUGCAAGACUAUCAGGGCUGGUUUCAUACCGGCGAUCUCGGUUAUUUCGAUAGUGAGAAUUACCUCUAUGUGUUGGACAGGAAGAGGGAUGUACUCAAGUUCCAUGGCAUGCAAUAUUGUCCGCACGAGAUCGAACAAGUAGUCGCAGAGUUGCCAGAUGUCAUAGAAGUAUGUGUUUUCGGACUGUGGAAUGAAGUAGAUGGCGAUGCUGCUGCAGCGGCGGUGGUGAAGAUACCGGGCAGUAAAUUGCUGGAACAAGAUGUUGUCGAGUAUGUGGCCAAGCGGUUGGUGGUGAUGCACAAGCAAUUACAUUGUGGUGUUUUCUUUCUGGACGAAUUGCCAAAAACAGGUAGUGGGAAAAUAUUGCGAAAUCAAGCGCGUGAUUUGGCGUUGGGCAAAAAGUGGGAGGUCCACAAGAGUGGCCGUACAACGAAAACGUAAUACUUUUACUUUCUUAGCUUUAUAGGCAAAAUAUAUUUUAUUUUUAGACGUAACAUUGAUUAGUAUAUAUACUUCUGGGUUUUUUAUGUGCACCACUUGCAGUAGAUAUGUACAUAUAUACUCGUACGUAGUGGCAAACAUAUACAAGGUCUGUCACACGAUAAACGAAACUGCUCAAAAAUUAUUUUCCGAAGUUCGACAUUUUAUUGGAUGUUUUUGGAUGUUGGAAAUGGAUGCUCGACUAUAUUUAAAUAAGUAUGGUGGGUGGUUUGAUGGGUACUCAUUGCACAUGUUUCGUAUCUACUAUCCAGCGGUCUCUUUUAUCGUGAGACAGUGCUUGUACAUAAGCAGUAUUUGACCGUGAUGUCAAAAUAUUUUAGCUUAUCAAGCUGGUUUUGUUAUCAACAAAUUUAUAUAGUAUCCGCGUUUGUUAUUAUGUUGGUCAUUGCAUGUCAGAAUGUGGAAAAAAAGGGUUAUAAACAAACAUACAUAUAUAAAUGUAUGUAUAUAUACAUAUAUGUAUAUGAAGUAAUAAUAUAUCGAAGAUAUUCUGAAAGAUUAAAUUAGUACACAGAACCUAAUAUUUAAAUUUUUCAAUAUGUACUUGUACAAAUGUGUAUAUAUAUUUAUAUAUUUAGGCCUUACAUUA